AUGUCAGACCCCAAAAACACCUCCUCCAUCGCCAUCCUUGGUGCCGGCGAUGUCGGCGCCACAAUCGCCUACAGCCUCAUCAUGAACCCCGUUGCUGGCGACAUCCUGCUCGUCGACCCCAAAGAAGAAGUCAGGGACGCUCAAGUGGCGGACUUAUCAGAUGCCACCUUUCACGGCAACACUAGCACCAGGAUAAGAGCCGGCACGCAUAAGGAAGCCGGACAGUGCGAUAUUGUCGUCAUCGCUGCUGGUGCGAAGCAGAAGAAGGGUGAGAGCAGGACCGAUCUAAUCGGCCGCAACAAGUCCAUUCUUGAAUCCGCAAUCUCAGACAUGAAGCCGUUCCGCGAGGAUACCGUCUUGCUACUCGUCGCAAACCCUGUUGACGUACUCACCUACUUCGCACAACAAUACUCUGGUCUACCCAAAUCCCAGGUCAUCGGUUCAGGCACUUUCCUCGACUCAGCCCGUCUCCGCGGCAUUCUUGCGUCCAAAGCGGAAGUCGCAGCGUCCAGCAUCGAAGCGUACGUCCUGGGUGAACACGGCGAAUCCCAAUUCGUUGCCUGGAGUCUAGCUUCCAUCGGCGGCGUCCCGUUGUCCUCUGCGUUGUCGUCAAAGCAAUCAGGCGCGCUGGACAAGGGCGCCAUCGCGGAAGAAACAAAGAACAAAGCUACUUCCAUCAUCGAGAAUAAGGGCGCGACGAAUUACGGUAUCGGCGGUGUCGCGGCGUCGAUAUGCAAAUCCAUCAUUUUCGAUGAGAAGAUGGUUAGGCCGGUUAGUACGUUCCAGGAAGAUCUGGGGGUUUGUUUGAGUAUGCCGGUUGUGCUGGGAAGGAAGGGCGUGGUGAGGGCGGUGCAGAUGCCGUUGGAUAAGGAGGAGAAGGGGAAGUUGGAGGGGAGUGCAAAGACACUAAAGGAGGUUAUCGAAGCGUAG